GCCUGCGCGAGGGCUCCGCGCGCGCUCCAGCCGGGGCGCGGGCGCGCUCGCAGGCGGGCUCAGGCGACAGAGACGCGAGCGCGGCGAUGGGGAGCGGUGGCGUGGUUCACUGUAGGUGUGCCAAGUGUUUCUGUUAUCCUACAAAGCGAAGAAUAAGGAGGAGGCCCCGAAACCUGACCAUCUUGAGUCUCCCCGAAGAUGUGCUCUUUCAUAUCCUGAAAUGGCUUUCUGUAGAGGACAUCCUGGCUGUCCGAGCUGUACACUCCCAGCUGAAGGACCUGGUGGACAACCACGCCAGUGUGUGGGCAUGUGCCAGCUUCCAGGAGCUGUGGCCGUCUCCAGGGAACCUGAAGCUCUUUGAAAGGGCUGCUGAAAAAGGGAAUUUCGAAGCUGCUGUGAAGCUGGGCAUAGCCUACCUCUACAAUGAAGGCCUGUCUGUGUCUGAUGAGGCCCGCGCAGAAGUGAAUGGCCUGAAGGCCUCUCGCUUCUUUAGUCUCGCUGAGCGGCUGAACGUGGGUGCCGCGCCUUUCAUCUGGCUCUUCAUCCGCCCUCCAUGGUCGGUGAGCGGAAGCUGCUGCAAAGCCGUGGUUCAUGAAAGCCUCAGGGCAGAGUGCCAGCUGCAGAGGACUCACAAAGCAUCCAUAUUGCACUGCUUGGGCAGAGUGCUGAGUCUGUUCGAGGAUGAAGAGAAGCAGCAGCAGGCCCGUGACCUGUUUGAGGAGGCUGCUCAUCAGGGAUGUCUAACCAGUUCCUACCUCCUCUGGGAAAGCGACAGGAGGACAGAUGUGUCAGAUCCUGGGCGAUGCCUCCACAGCUUCCGAAAAGUCAGGGACUACGCUGCCAAAGGCUGCUGGGAAGCGCAGCUGUCUUUAGCCAAAGCCUGUGCAAAUGGAAACCAGCUUGGACUAGAGGUGAGAGCUUCCAAUGAGAUCGUCUGCCAGCUAUUUCAGGCUUCCCAGGCUGUCAGUAAGCAGCAAGUCUUCUCCGUGCAGAAGGGACUCAAUGACACAAUGAGGUACAUUCUGAUCGACUGGCUGGUGGAAGUUGCCACCAUGAAGGACUUCACAAGCCUGUGUCUGCACCUGACCGUGGAGUGUGUGGACCGGUACCUGCGGAGGAGGCUGGUGCCGCGGUACAGGCUCCAGCUGCUGGGCAUCGCCUGCAUGGUCAUCUGCACCCGGUUCAUCAGUAAAGAGAUCCUGACUAUCCGGGAGGCCGUAUGGCUCACAGACAAUACGUACAAGUAUGAGGACCUGGUGAGAAUGAUGGGCGAGAUCGUCUCCGCCUUGGAAGGGAAGAUUCGAGUCCCCACCGUGGUGGAUUACAAGGAGGUCCUGCUGGCGCUAGUCCCCGUGGAGCUGAGAACCCAGCACCUGUGCAGCUUCCUCUGUGAGCUCUCCCUGCUCUACACCAGCCUGUCCGCCUAUGCCCCAGCCCGCCUGGCUGCCGCAGCCCUGCUUCUGGCCAGACUGACGCACAGGCAGACACAGCCCUGGACCACUCAGCUGUGGGACCUCACCGGAUUCUCCUAUGAGGACCUCAUUCCCUGCGUCUUGAGCCUUCAUAAGAAGUGCUUCCACGAUGACGCCCCCAAGGACUACAGGCAAGUCUCUCUGACCGCCGUGAAGCAGCGAUUUGAGGACAAGCGCUAUGGAGAAAUCAGCCAGGAAAAGGUGCUGAGCUACAGCCAGUUGUGUGCGGCAUUAGGAGUGACACAAGACAGCCCCGACCCCCCGACUUUCCUCAGCACAGGGGAGAUCCACACCUUCCUCAGCUCUCCCUCGGGGCGGAGAACCAAACGGAAGCGGGAGAACAGCCUCCAGGAGGACAGGGGCAGCUUUGUUACCACCCCCACUGCGGAGCUGUCCAGCCAGGAGGAGACGCUGCUGGGCAGCUUCCUCGACUGGAGCCUGGACUGCUGCUCUGGCUACGAAGGCGACCAGGAGAGCGAGGGCGAGAAGGAGGGCGACGUGACAGCUCCCAGUGGCAUCCUCGAUGUCACCGUGGUCUGCCUGAACCCAGAACAGCAUUGCUGCCAGGAAUCCAGUGAUGAGGAGGCUUGCCCAGAGGACGAGAGACCCCAGGACCCACAGGUACCAGCGCUGGAUACCCAGAUCCCUGCAACCCCAGGACCCAAGUCCCUGCUCUGCACCAGCCCAGAGCCAGGGAAGGACGUCACGACCUCAGGGUACUCCUCCGUCAGCACCACGAGUCCCACAAGCUCUGUGGAUGGUGGCUUGGGGGUCCUGCCCCGACCUACCUCAGUGCUGUCCCUGGACAGUGACUCGCACACACAGCCCUGCCACCAUCAGGCCAGGAAGUCAUGUUUACAGUGUCGUCCCCCAAGUCCCCCCGAAAGCAGUGUUCCCCGGCAACAGGUGAAACGGAUAAACCUAUGCAUACACAGUGAGGAGGAGGACACGAACCUGGGCCUUGUGAGGCUGUAAGUGUGUCAGCGCAUUUGCCGCAGUGGAUGUGUACUGAGGGGGCUGGAGGCGAGGGGUGGGAGCACAGCAUAGGAAUGCUGUGUAGCUCCCGGAGGCCUUCGCACAGAGCAGAGAGGGUAACUUGUGGCCACCAAGUUUCUUUCUCCGCGGGAGUCCCGUGCAAGCUAUGAGAAUGUUGAAAUGAGAGUGAAGAGGUCAGAUCCCUCUCUUUGGAAAGUUGAGCCUCAAAGCAGUUGGCCGCACUGCAUGGAGGGCACCUCUCUGUCCCUUCCGUGUCUCACUGUCUCUAGAAGCUUCAGCCCAUGUGUGUCCUGGUCUUCCCAGCCCCAACAGAGCCCGGUGCCAGGAGCUGACAGCUUUCACGCUCAAGGCACGUGUGACCUGGGUAGUCAGACACCACUUGAGCUCCUGCCCACAUCUGUCUGGUUUGGUGCUCCAGUGGGGAGCUGACAGCUCUGAGCACACCACUGUCCCCUCAUCCACCUUGGUCUGCAUGGGGCACCCACUUCCUUCUGGGUGGGUAUUCCAUGGUAAGGGGGCCUGUGUCCCUGCACACUGCGUGGACUCCCUACGACACGUUACUCAUUUUAGAGCUCUGUCCCAGAGGCUCUGUCCCAGACAUUUGUCUGUGGACCCACAGAUGUUGUCAAUGUGAACACCUCUCUUUGUGCUGAAUUUCUGGGCCAUUCUUUUCCUGUCUUUGUUUCUAAAUUUCCUUCUUCCAAGAUGAAAAC